AUGUUCAACUACCUUUGUGACAAAAACCCUCCAUUCUACCUGCCUAGCCAAGGUCGAAAACGGAAAUCCGUAACGGUGAGCUUACUACCUUCUCCAUCCUUUGCGGAUUUGUUGGUCCUUAUUAACUGGCCUUUUGAUGUCAUGCAGGAGGAGUUGUGGCGAGUAUUUUUCGACCCCCUGGGGCAGGAAAUAAGGGACGAGUUUGCCAUGCGAUAUGGCAUCGAAAGUAUCUUCCAGGCUAUGACCCACCUUGCGUGCCUUACAACUAAGUAUAAUUGCGUCGGUGUGCUUGCACAGCUGUCGACUCUGUUGGCCAACAUCAGCGCCUUCUACGCGCACACCAGCUCGAUUAACAGUCAAACUGCCUCUGAGCGAUUUGCUGCCAGCAAUUUUGGGAGGGAGAAGUUUAUCAAAAUCCUCGACAAUCUGCACAAUGCUCUUCGCAUUGAUCUCUCGAAAUACCGAGUAAGUUUGAAAACCCAACCACCUGCACGAGACUACAUCCUUUCAUUCGCACGGCGAUAG